AAGUGUGUCGUUGAAAGAGCGGAUACGAGCGAGCGCUAGGAAAACCAGAACCAUGACGACCUCUUCCUCCAUGGCCGCAACACUCUCCCUCCUCCCGCUCUCCGGUCAUACUUUCCUGCCUUCCCGUCCCAGAUCCCUCUCCCUUACGAUCGUGUGCUCGAACGUUCCCUUCUCCCUGAGCUACCGUGCACAUCCUUUAUCCCAUGUCUUCUCCGCGUCCGCCGCCCUAGAUGCAGUAGAGGCUGAUGCCGGUGAGCAAUGCUUUGGGCUGCGGACGAACCAAGUCAUUUGUAGGCUUCUUUUAGGGAUGACAAUUGGUCGAGUAUUUUCGGGUGCCCAUGCCUAUGCAAGAUGGACCCCUAAUGGCUUAUGGGAAGAUCCCGAUGAUGGUAAUGACAGUGGUACUGAAGAAAUGGACUAUGAAGAAGAGGAGGAAGGAAGUGAUGAUGUAGGGGAAAUGAAAGUCUCUGCUGUUAAGGAUGAUAAAUGUGCCGUGGCUCAAUAUGAGGAUCUUAUGAAAGAAGUAGAACUCUUGUUAGAACCUGAAGAGAAGGCAAUUUUGCAAGAGAAUGAAUUCUCAAACGUUAAGAAAAUCUCUACUGUGAAGUGGAACAUAUUUCAUAGUUUUGCAUUGUCUGGUCAGAUGCCACUCAUGGACAGACUAAUUGAGCAAGGUACAGAAAUUGAUUGUCUUGACAAGGGUGGUUUUACAGCUCUUCACAAAGCAGUUAUUGGCAAAAAGGAGGCUGUUAUCAGUCAUCUCCUUAGGAAAGGUGCAAACCCUCAUGUCAGAGAUAGAAAUGGUGCCACGCCCCUUCAUUAUGCAGUUCAGGUUGGUGCAAUGCAGACUGUGAAGUUGCUUAUAAAAUUUAAAGUCGAUGUAAAUGUUGCAGAUAAUGAUGGCUGGACACCUUUACAUGUUGCAAUGCAAACGAGAUGUAGAGAUAUAACGAAGGUAUUGCUGAUAAAUGGUGCUGAUAAGACCAGAAGGACCAAGGAUGGAAAGACACCUCUGGACCUGAGCUUAUGCUAUGGGAAAGAUUUCAAGUCCUUUGAUAUAGCAAAGCUUCUUAAGCUUGUUCCAGCUAACAGGGACCUAUGAAUCCUUUCCUUCAGCGACAACUAGAAAUGGAGCGAACGGGAAAAGUUCAGCAACGAAUAAUGAAUUCAAGAUUUUUUUGCAACAACAAUUGCAGCUGGGUUGAGUGAGAUUUUUGGUGCUUGUGGAGAUUUGAUCACUGUUCAUUGUAAUGCACAAUUCUGCAGUGCAACGGGAAUGAUGCCAGCAAAUUUGAAGUGAUAAAGUAAUUGAUGAAGCUACGUGAACAAUGUUGAGAUUUCGAAUA